AUGGAAGCAAUAAUGAGCAUUGUUGAGAAAAGUGCUGAACAAUUCGUUCAAUUCUACUAUGGAAAUUUCGAUGGCCAACGCACAACAUUACCUAAUCUCUAUCGCGACAAAUCAACUAUACUCUGGAAUGGAAACGCACUCUCGGGAGCUCAAAAGUUUUCAGAAUUAUUAGCAGUUAUACCACAAUCCAUACAUGAGAUUGAUGUAUACAAUUGCCAACCUUUCCCGGGAAAUACAUUCAUUACAGCUACAGUUAAUGCUCAAGGAACAUGGGGAAUAUUAAUCAAUGUUACGGGAUCUGUCAAGUUUGAUGACGGCUCGGCAAUCAAAUCAUUUUUUGAAGUAUUUAUGCUAAUGCCGGAGGAAGAACAAACAAAUAAUUUUUUUGUCCAGAGCCAAAAUUUCCGGUGUUCAAGAAGUGAAGCUUGUGAUGCAUUCUAUGGAUGUAGAAGAUUGGAAGACUUGAGAAGAAAUUUGACAACACACCCACUAGGCGUUCACAAAGUUGUGGUCGACCGAUUUUUGCUCACUGCUUAUAGUGUUGUGAGCCCUGAGUCAGCAACUGUGAGGAGUAGAUUGGAAUUAGCACUCAGUUCCAAUCCUCUCCAAUCAGAAGCAACUACUUCAACCGCAGGCGUUGAGUGA